AUGGAGAAGAUACUUGACGGAAGAACUAAUGGAACACUCAAGAAGACCAAGAUCGUGUGUACUCUUGGGCCAGUGUCCAGGUCUGUUGAGAUGAUCGAGAAGCUUCUCAAAGCUGGUAUGAACGUAGCCCGUUUCAACUUCUCACACGGUACUCACGAGUACCACCAAGGAACUCUCGAUAACCUCAGAAUCGCAAUGAAGAACACUGGUAUCAUGUGUGCCGUCAUGCUUGACACAAAGGGUCCUGAGAUUAGAACCGGAUUUCUCAAAGAAGGCAAACCGGUUCAGCUAACUCAAGGUCAUGAGAUAACAAUCUCAACUGAUUACACUUUGCUAGGAGAUUCAAACACAAUCUCAAUGAGCUACAAGAAACUUGCCGAGGAUCUCAAUCCAGAGGACGUGAUUCUCUGUUCAGACGGCACAAUCUCUCUGACCGUCUUGUCGUGUGACAAGGUUAACGGUCUAGUUCGUUGCCGAUGCGGGAACUCAGCAACCCUAGGAGAGAAAAAGAACGUUAACCUCCCAGGAGUUGUAGUUGAUCUCCCAACGCUUACGGAGAAAGAUCAAGAAGAUAUUCUAAAGUGGGGAGUUCCAAACAAGAUCGAUAUCAUUGCUCUUUCCUUUGUUCGUAAAGGAUCUGACCUAGACCAAGUGAGGAAGUUACUUGGGGAGCACGCAAAGCGAAUCAUGCUUAUGUCAAAGGUUGAGAAUCAAGAAGGAGUGAGGAACUUCGACGAGAUUCUUAAAAACUCUGAUGCAUUCAUGGUGGCUAGAGGCGACCUAGGGAUGGAGAUUCCUAUCGAGAGGAUAUUUCAAGCACAGAAGAUGAUGAUUGAGAGAGCCAAUGCUGUCGGGAAACCUGUCGUGACAGCUACGCAGAUGCUUGAGUCCAUGACCAAGUCUCCUCUUCCGACAAGAGCCGAAGCUACGGACGUGGCCAACGCUGUCCUCGAUGGCACGGACUGCGUCAUGCUCAGCGGAGAGACCGCCGCCGGAGCCCACCCCGAAGCCGCCGUGAAAAUCAUGGCGAGAAUCUGUAAGGUGGCGGAGGAUACUCUCGACUACGACGCCGUGCAUAAGAAGAUUCAAGAAGCUGUUCCGUUGCCUUUGUCCACGGUUGAGGACUUGGCCGCUUCUGCUGUCUCCAAGGCGAUGAAGCAGAGCGCCAAGGCGAUUGUGGUUCUCACCAAGGGGGGGUACACAACGGCGCUUGUGGCGAAAUACAGGCCUAUCGUUCCGAUUCUCUCGGUGGCUAUCUUGGAUGAUGGAGAGUCGAGGUGUUCGGUGGCGAAACGUGGCUUGAUUUACCGUGGAAUCGUUCCGGUGGUGGCGAACAGUGGCUCGACGGAGGAGGCGACUAAGUUUGCGAUCGAGUUUGCAAAGGAGAAGGAGAUCUGUAAGGGUGGAGAUUCGAUUGUCUUGGUGCAGUACAUCGAUGGUUCCUCUCUUCUCAAGAUCAUGCUCGUGGAGUAGACAACUUGUUUCUCACGGGUUUAAUUUUUGAUGGUUUAA